AUGAGUUCAGAUUCUGUAAUUUAAGAAGCUCUUUCUUAAUUUAUAAUGUUAAGAAGCCCAGAAGAAUUGAUGCAUGAAUUUAAGACCUAAACUUUAAAUUUAGAAUAGAUAAGAUAAUUAGUUGAGGUGUUCGAUCCAAAUAUUCCAAGUGUAGACAUAAAGCACUUUUAUUUGAAGGUGAUUACUAAAUUCAAAAGUCCUGAAGGAAUAACACCAGAUAUUUAUUAAUAAAUAGUGAAUGAUGAAGAAUUUACAUUGAGAGCUGGAUCAUCCAAUUCUUAUGAAUCUUUACCUUUAUUAAAAAAUAUUAUUAGAGGUGUGAGAGAAAAGAAGGUGCCUAUCUAGAGAUUAUAUAAUUUCUAUGACAAAAAUAAAGAUAAAGAACUUUAAGAUCCUGAAUUCAGAAAUUUAUUAGAAUUUUUUUACGUGGCAAUUACAGAUGCAUAAUUCAAAAAGCUUAGAGAAGAAUUUCCUGAUCAUCCACUAUCUGAGAGUGUAAUUGUAGGUCUUUUUGAAAAAUGGUAAGAAAUCGUUUUUGAAAAUACUUAAGGUGAUCCAUAAGUGAUUUUGGAAGCUCCAUCAAGUAUGAAUAUUUAUUUGAUUUUAGAAACAUAAAAUCUAUUAACUGUACCUAAACCAAAUCAAACAAUUAGUUUAGAAUUGACAAGAGAAGAAGAUGAAAGAUUUAAAGAUUUUAUGGGAGUUGAUUUUAAGAUUCCUGGAGUUAAAGAAUUGGCUGAUCUUUAAAAAAGAUGCUAAUAAACAUAAGAAAUAUUUACAGAUCCUGAUUUCCCUCCAAAUGUAAAGAGUUUAGGACCAAAAUUCAGUGGAAAUAAUUGGUAACGGUUAUAAGAACUUUUUAAAGGAGAACAAAAAGUUUUUUCAUUAGAUACUUAACAUGAUAAAAGUGGUGUUGGUUUAAAUAAAUGGAUAUCUCAUAGAGAUAUUUGUUAAGGAGAUUUAGGUGAUUGCUAUUUUAUGUCAACUUUAAGUUCUAUAGCAUGUAAAUGGUAUAUUAGUAAAUUAAUAAUUUAGGCCUGAUUAAAUUAAAGAUCUAUUUCCUAUUUAAAGAGCAAAUAAAUAUGGUGUUUAUGGUGUUAAGAUGUGUAUUAAUGGAGAAUGGAAGGUUAUCCCUGUUGAUGAUAAUAUCCCAGUAAAAAAUGGUAAAAUUGCAUUUACAAAAAAUUCUGAUAAAGAGAUAUGGGUAUCAUUGUUAGAAAAAGCAUGGGCAAAAGUAAAUGGAUCAUAUACUAAUAUUGAUGCUGGAGAUCCUAGGGAAGUUAUCAAAACAAUAACAGGAGGUCCAGUUUGGUUAUUAUUAACAAACAAACCUAAUUUCAAAGAAAAUUUCAUUACUUGUGUUAAAUAAAAGUGUGUAAUGGUAACUGGUACUUAUAGUAAAAAUGCUGAUUAUUCUGCAAUUGGAUUAGAACCAGGACAUGCAUAUUCUAUUUUAAAUGUUAAGACUGUAAAUCAUCCAUAAAGAGGAUAAGUUCAUUUAUUAAAAAUAAGAAAUCCAUGGGCUCGUAAAGAAUGGAAGGGUGAUUGGAGUGAUGAAUCAGAGUUAUGGACUCCUGAAUUAAAAGAGUAAGCUGGUAAUACAGGAAAAGAGAAUGAUGGAAUCUUUUAUAUGUCAUUAGAUGAUUAUACAAAAUACUUUUUUUCAGUCUUUUGUGGAUAUUUCAAAACUGAUUACAUAUAUAAUUCAAUGAGAUUUAAUAUCAAAAGAAACAAGGGAGCAUAUUUUGGAUUUGAAAUUAAAAAAGAAGGAGAAUAUUUCUUUGCCAUUCAUUAGGAAUCUACUAGAUUAUAUAGAUCUCAACCAGAAUUAAAAUAUGAUUAUUCUUAUGUUAGACUAUUGUUAGCAAAGGAAUAACAACAUGGAUAUGAAUACAUAGAGGGCAAAUUCUAUAAGGAUAUAGAAACACAUGUUGGUAGAGUAGGUGUAAAUUUCACUCCUGGUAAAUACAUAUUAUACAUAAAAAUUUAAUGGCAUGUACCAUCUUGGAAUGAACAUUCAGUUGUUUUGAGUACUUAUGGAGAAUAAUAUGUUUAAUUGAAAGAAGUUCCUAGAGAUCCAAAUCUUGUUCCUUAAACAAUGAUGCAUUAAGUUAGAUCCAAUAAUAAGGUGGAAGAAGUAUUACCAGGAGUCAUAAUGAAGAUGGACAAUAAUGGAAAUUUAGGGUUAAUUAUUAUUUACUAUUUUUAGAAUUGGUUACAUAUACUAUAAGAAUGAAUCAAAUCAAUAAGUUAACUUUGAAACAAAUCUAGUUAAUAAAGGAGGAUGUAAAUUAACUAAACCUGAAAGAGGUUAUUAUUUCAAGAGUUUUAUUCCUCCAUAAGGUGAAAGAUUAGUCACUUUUACAAUCACACCACCAAUUACUGAAUUGUCCAUGCCUACAUUAAGUCAUAAAUUAUUAUGAUCUUUAAUAUUAUAUAAUCAUCAUC